AUGCAACAGCCAUACUCCAACAACACUCAACAGAAAGGCGCCCCCUACUACCAGUCCCACGUCUCUCCUUCAACAGCCGCUGCCCACCACCUCAGCCUUCCUUACCUCCACUCCCCCGCCAAUGGCUCUUCCACCAGCUUGCUCGACGCCGUCGUCGGCCACCAGGCCCAUACCCCCAAUACCGGUAUCCAGUCUUCUACCAAUUAUCCCUCCCACCCUGCUUCUGUCCGGCCGAACCCGCCUUCGUCCUACUCGCAGGCCUUCAACAACGUAUCCAGGGAUCCUUCUUCGGGCGCGUCGAGCCAGUCCCACGGGGGCAGCUCUUUGGGCAAGGUCAGCGAACGGGGCGAGAGUGACUGGGACGUGGUGAGCGCGAGUGAGGGUGGCGCGCGAGGGCAGGGAGUUGAUGAGGAGGAGGAUGAGGAGGCGGUCAAGGAUCUUCAAGAGAAGGUCGCCAAGCGACGAUCUCAGCUCCCUCGUCUCGAGUCUCAGCUCGCCGACCUCGAAGCCCAGAUCAAAGCUGCCGAAGACCGUCUCGCCCAGGCGCAGACCAAUCCCAAGGGUGGUGCUCCCGUCCGCCAGUAG